AUGUCAGCUCGCAGUGCCUCAGCGAGAAAAAAGUCAACUCAGACGCAUUCGCGUCUGGCGCAGCUGCCACGCCACCGUACGGACUCCAUAUACGAAGGAAAGGCUGCGUCGAGUAUCAGCUCUGGCAGCGACCCCAGCGAAUGCGAUCCGAGUGGUAUCGAGAGGAGUGGGCUCCGUAGCCUCAUCGACAAGCGUAGCGACAAUGUGCGGAAAGGGCUGAGCAAGGCCUUCAGCUUUGGCAAAAAGGACGAGGCCACACUGUCGCCUGUUGAAUCAAGAUCUUUGCAGGAGUGGCCUUCCGCGAGCUCGCAUCCAACCGGCCCAACGCCAACUCCAUACCCGACUUCGCCGCGGACAGAAGAGCCUCCUGAGAUCCAUUGGCCAACGCCGCCGCCAUCGACCAAGUUGCCUUCGACUCCACCGCCAGUGCUGAAGCGCUUCGCCGGUGGUGGAAGGCCUGCCAAACGAUGGAGCAAGCUCCGGAAAGAUCCCGAGCUGUGGGAUCAGAACGGCGAUGUCCUCGUCUUCCUCGGGCAGAGUGACGAACCAAGCUUACGUGUAUCAUCUCAAGUCAUCGAGACCAGUCGAAACAAAUACCUGAUGAUGGAACUUCAGCAAAGUAUAGUAGAGGACGAAUAUGAGGACGGAAUUUCCUACGAGCUCUCAUUCCCGCCUCCCCCGGGGCUGACUAGGACAGAGAGCUUGAGGCAUCAGGUCACAACGCGAAACACCUUUGCGUUGAUUCACAGGGCAGCUUUGGUCGGCAUUUCGCUUUACCAGGCACUGCAAGACCUAGAAACCCGACUGCAGAGAGAGCCCGAGAUACUGUCGCAGCUGCUUCACUACAUCGUAGCCCGCGGACUGGACGAUGUGCGCAGCAACCCCGAGACAGCCGUAUCCAUCCUCGCGUGGUCGGAUCGACUUUGGGCGCAGGGGUGGCGCGAGGCGUUCGUGCACUGUGUUGGAAUGCACGACUCGCUAGAAAGCUGCACAGACUGGCCCCAUGUUCCCGCUGUGACGAAAGCACUGCUGGGAAAGUCAAAUCUGGAGAUGUCCCUGUUGAUCCAAACACAGGAGGACCGUCUCGCUGAUUUCGGCUUUAGCGACAUGUUCCCUCUGGACUGUACCAAGUCUGUUCAUUCCUCGGCACGAGCAUUUCAGCUGUUUCUCCGGAGGCAUUACGGGUCGGUAUACGGAGCCUGGCCUCCGGUUCGCGAGGAGGGUUGGCUCACGCGAUCGCUUGUCACCACACUCCAACAAGAUCUCGGUGCGUUGUACGAGUUGCUGGUCGAUCGUGAUGUGUCGUGGGAUGUAUCAGAAGCACGCGCAGGCCGGAAGUGGAUGAUGUCGUCUUGCAGGGAUCACUCGUUCGACGCCGAUUCCGUCAUUCCCAUGACAGACAUUGUCAUCGAGUUCGACAACCGCGCCAGAAUCCCUCACAUCCCAGGGCCUCAUCCCCUCGUACCAGAACAUGUACCAGCAUCGAGGCAAAGGGACAAGCGGGUCGCCUUAGCAUAUACAGAGAGCGUGAACAUGGACGCGCUCGAAAGAUGCGCCUCACCAACCGACCUGCUCACGGCAUUCUCGCGGUUUGAGAAGGAAGACCUGUCUGUUGACCCGCAGCUCGCUCGUCGCACACGUUGGAUUGUGCUAUAUGGGGCUCUGCAGACGCUCGCGGCGAUUAGCGUCGAUACGCCAGGGCUCAAGUACGGUGCCGGUGUCGACUACCAUCUCAUUGCGCGCGUGAAAGCGCCUUCGUGGGCGCAGACUUGGCCUUUCAGCGAUCCUUCGCAUUCCAUGUCGUACUGCUUUCUCGCACCCGAGGAUGUGGGACUUCCAGGCAUGUCGACGUCUCCUUCUUCGACAAAGUCUUCGACAAAUCACGAUUUGCCGAUUCGCCAACGAAUGGACAUGACGUCGAGUUUGGGGGGUCUGGGGGGUUUUCUGAAGAUGGAUGAGAAAAAGUCAAUUGGCACUGGGGCGGGCCAGUCUUUAGUGAUAAGGGACUUCGAUGAGGAGCCAUGA